AUGGCGAUGAAGACGACGAUCUGGCGGCCGAACGUGAGAGUGACGCUCGACGAGUAUGGCGAAGUCGAGGACACGGAGCGAGGUGGAGAGGAGGUGACGAAGCAGGGGACGAAGCGGAAGAGAGCCCCUCGCCCGAAGGGGCCGUGCGAGCACGGGGUGAAGUAUCGGUCGCGAUGCAAGGUGUGCGGCGCUUGUCCGCACGGGAAGAGGCGCUGUUAUUGCAAGGAGUGCGGUGGUGCAUCAAUCUGCGAGCACGGCCGUCAGCGCUCUCAUUGCAAGGAGUGCGGCGGUGCAUCAAUCUGCGAGCACGGUCGUCAGCGCCAUCAGUGCAAGGAGUGCGGUGGGUCUGGAAUCUGCGAGCACGGUCGUCACCGCUUUAGCUGCAAGGAGUGCGGUGGGUCUGGAAUCUGCGAGCACGGUCGUAUACGCUCUGCAUGCAAGGAGUGCGGUGGCGGCUCGUUCUGCGAGCACGGUCGUCAGCGCUCUAUAUGCAAGGAGUGCGGUGGGGCUGGAAUCUGCGAGCACAGCCGUCGGCGCUCUCAGUGCAAGGAGUGCGGUGGGGGCUCAAUCUGCCAGCACGGUCGUCGGCGCUCUCAGUGCAAGGACUGUCGAGGCGAACGUCUGUAA